UUCGACGAUUCUAGACAGAACGUCUCCUUCUUUGCUCUGUGCCUGACUGCCACCAUGGCUUCCUUUCAGAAUGCAGCGCGCUCAGCUUCCCGAAGACUGGUGAAGCAUUGUGAGACUCCGACCGCAUUCGCCGGAAGAAACCGAUUCUACUUAUCACAAUCAUCCCACCUGAGAGGACUACACAGCGUCCCGCCACGGAGUUCCCACUCGACAGUCGCAGCGGAGAAACAAGAACUGAAAGAUGCCUCCAAUCCUGCUCUUUCCUUCCCUUGUCUCGAUGCCCAGGAAGAAAAGACCGCACGGCUUACCGCGCGAUCUCUCGAGUCGGGUCCGGAACCGUCGUACACCACAGGUCACCAUGAACGAUUCCAUUGCGAGGCACCGUUAUUGCUGGAUUGGGGUGGUGUCCUGCCGGAGUUUGAUGUCGCGUACGAGACCUGGGGUCGAUUGAACGAGGAUAAGAGUAACGCUAUUCUUUUGCACACCGGACUCUCCGCAUCAAGUCACGCCCACAGCACCGAGUCUAACCCUAAGCCCGGGUGGUGGGAGAAGUUCAUCGGACCUGGCGGGCCACUGGAUACAAACAAAUACUUUAUUAUCUGCGCCAAUGUUCUUGGGGGUUGCUACGGGAGCACAGGGCCUUCGUCGAUUGACCCGUCUGAUGGAAAGCGAUAUGCUACUAGGUUCCCCAUCUUGACCGUCGAAGACAUGGUGCGGGCUCAGUUCCGCCUGCUGGAUGCGCUUGGUAUUCAAAAGCUGUACGCAUCUGUCGGAUCGAGCAUGGGUGGUAUGCAGAGUUUGGCUGCCGGUGUUCUGUUCCCCGAGAGGAUCAACAAGAUUGUGAGUAUCAGUGGGUGCGCACGUAGCCACCCAUACAGUGUUGCCAUGAGACACACCCAGCGCCAGGUCCUUAUGAUGGAUCCCCGCUGGGAGCGUGGUUUUUAUUACGACUCCAUCCCGCCGCAUUUCGGAAUGAAGCUUGCCCGUGAAAUCGCAACGGUCACUUACCGCAGCGGACCGGAGUGGGAGAAGCGCUUUGGCCGCAAGCGUGCCGACCCCAGCAAGCAGCCCGCCCUCUGUGCAGACUUCCUUAUCGAGACCUACCUCGACCACGCAGGUGAGAAAUUCUGUCUCGAGUACGACGCCAACAGUCUCCUCUACGUGUCGAAAGCAAUGGACCUGUUUGACCUGGGAUAUGAACAACAAUUCGAGACCCGGAAGCGCCGGGCCGAGUACGAACGCAAGAUCACCCAAGGCGACAAACAACUCGAACAAAGCGAUCCGGCUUGCAGCCUGACUCUUCCGGAACAGCCCUACGAAGAACAACCCUCUGUCACCGCAUCCAUCCCACCGAUCAACGAGUCUGUCUUUGGCAGCGGAGACAAGAGCCUAGAGACGCCGCCAGAGGACCUUGUCCGUGGAUUGGCACCUCUCAAGAACCAUAAGGUGCUAGUCAUGGGCGCUGCCAGUGAUAUACUUUUCCCCGCUUGGCAGCAACGCGAAAUCGCUGCGACGCUCCAGGCUGUUGGCAACAAGAAUGUCGAGCACGUUGAACUCGGAGAGGAUGUAUCGCACUUCGGGCACGAUACAUUCCUGCUUGAUUUGAAAAAUGUUGGUGGCACGGUGCAAAGGUUCCUGUAAUGAUAUAAAAGUUAUGUUUCUGUAUUAUUAUUGUAUAGCAUGUUCAUAAUGAUGAUGCAUAUAUAGGCGUUUUUAUUAUGUUGUUAUUCAGCGGUAAAUUAGAGGCAACCGUCCAGUAAAUUCGUCCG